GAAUGUCAAGGAGGGCACUCUGAGGAAGGUGCUGACCUUGCUUCCAGGUGUAAAUAUUAUAAUCUUAACGGCGGAGUGCGAGCCAGGAAUGCGAGCAGAGCUGCCUGGGGAGCUGUUUCCCAUCAGGUGUUUCUUUACAGACCCUGAGAUUAUGCAGAAACCAGGGCAAAUUUGAUAAAGCUGUGAAGUGUUUUUUGAGCCGGGGACAAUGGAAAUUCGUCCCCGGAACGUCUGUGAUGAAGUUCUACAGUACUCAUAGCCCAGGAAUCCGGGUUUUGCACACACCAAUCAAGCUAAUAAACGACAUACCCUUAUUUUGCAAAGUGCAAAAUAAAUAUUCUGGGUUAUGGCAGUAGAAGACUGAAACUUCUGUAUUUCAAGUUUCCUGUUGUGAUUAAACUUUCAAGAUCAGUUCUGGUAUUAUCUAAUGUAAUCUUUGCCCAGUCCAAAUGCUUUUUAUUGUGCCUCCAUUUUAUGGUCCACAUAACAGGGAAAGGUGUUUUGUGUCUCUCUGGAAUGAUGGAAUUUAACUAUUAACUUGUUCAGUGUGAGGAAAACAAAAAACUUUCGAAAUUCAGAAUACUCUGUAAUACAAAAUACACGUGUUCCUCUUUGACCUGAGUCUCUUUGCUUUUCAGAGGUGAUGUUUCUGUGAAGUAAUGGAUACACCUGAGAGUUCAGCCAUUGUAGUAUCUGUUAUCAUUUAUCUUUAGGAAAAGGCAAAACUUCUGAGAAGUCAGCCUGCUCAGAUUGUGGAACCCAAAGGCCUUCUCUAUGUCCAGCAGAGAGAGUUUGCAGUGACUACCCCUAAAGAUGGUUCUGUUUCCAUUCUUGGAUCAGAUGAUGCCACUACCUGCCACAUAGUUGUGCUCCGACACACAGGCAGCGGAGCCACGUGCCUGACGCACUGCGAUGGCUCCGACACCGAGGCCGAGGUGUCGCUCAUCAUGAGCUCGGUGAAGUCCUUCUCUAACUCCACAGGCUGUGGCAGGCUGGAAGUGCACCUAGUUGGAGGUUUCAAUGAUGAUAGGCAGUUAUCACAAAAACUUACUAAUCAGCUUCUUAGAGCGUUUGACCUCCAGCCGGAGGACGUUCAUUUAGUGACUUUCUGUGUAACAGAACUAAAUGACAGAGAAGAACAGGAUAUUCACUUUCCAAUCAUUUAUGGAAUAGCUGUGAAUGUUAAAACAGCAGAGAUUUUCCCUGCAACCUUCCCAGAAAAAGGGCCGGAUGAGGAUCUGCGUUCAGCCCAUGUUUUAACAGGAGCACCACUGACCAACAUCUAUGACGCAAAGACAGAACAACUCCAGAUUGGGCCUUAUUUCUGGGGGCCUUUCCCACAUGUGGAUUUCUGGUUGGAACAAGAUGAUGCACAGAUUUUACAGAACCUUUCCACGUCGCCCCUGGCUGAGCCCCCCCACUUUGUUUCUCACAUUAGAUCUACAUUAACAUUUCUAAAAGAGCAUCCAUUUCCAUCUCGGUCCCUGUUCCCUGACAGGAAACCUCGCAUCUACAAAAAAAAUGAAGAAGGGUUGUGGGAACAGGCUUGUUCUGACAAAAUCUAACCUGGAACCCACCCCCACAACAACUUUAGGGAAAUGCAAUCUUGCAAGAAGAGCAAUUUGUUGCAAAGAGCAUAUUGCUGGUCACAAAUACUAUUGUUCCUGUGCUUUUCAAAAUAAAAUAUUUUGAUAGAAG